AUGGAGCCCGAGGGAAUUGUUGGUCCUCGCUCGUCAGCUAGAAUAGUUGGCCGCAUGGAAGAUCUUCAGCAGUGGUAUGAGGAGUACGAGGAAAAGUGUCCUAUCUUGACCCGGAAAGAUGCGAGAUUCAUGAUACAGUUCCCACCGGAGUUCAAGCUUUGGCCCACGAUGUUUUAUGAGCGGUACCCAGGGCUCCGGCCAACAAGGAACCCCCAGCACUAUUGCUACGGAACAAGGGAGGAAUUCGGUUAUGGAUGGCAUUUACGUCCGGGAAGAUACCUGGCUACGUACGAGGGUGAAUUCUACGACGACUAUUCUCGAUUUGUCCGGCUAUGGCCUACGCCAGAGAACCACGGGAGAAGAGUCAAUUGGAAAGAAGCACAAGCAGCAGUCGCUAAGGACGGAAGUUCAAUCGUGGGAACCCUCCUAACUCGAGAUGAAGUUAAGCAAAUCCCACCUCAGGUGAUCACUAGGAAGCGGUCACAAUUCCCAGUCUACGAUGGUUGGCAGGAGCUGGACCCCACGUGUGACCGAACUGUGAUUAUUGGAACGAUUGGGUCCACCACGUCUUCCUCCCCUAUCAUUGUAUCUGCUGAUCAAGAUCUUCUGGAUCGACUGCGACAGGCUAGACUCUUAAGUCUGUCAACCUCUGCAACCCUUGACAAUAGUGGAUCCCCUUUGUCCUCAGGACCAUUUGACCCCUCUGAUAGUGGAAUAACAACGUCUUCUGCUCAACCUCGCUCGUUCCAAUCAUUCUCUUCUGGUAGUGGCAAGUCUCUCUCCUCUGUGGUUCAUCCAGUAGGAGACCUGCUACUCACGUCUUCGCCUAUCUUUGCUAAAGCUCACACUCGCAUCAUCAGGCGAGACCCUGAUUGGGGAAAAGGACUCCGCAGGCUAGCUCCUCAUCAAAACCUCAGAACGUCAAUCGAUCAUCUCAAGAACAAGAGGCUGGCUGAAGGACGGCCUCUUAUGAGUUCUGAAGGAGAAGUCAGUGAGCGGCAAGCAAGAAGCCCCUCAGAGGACCAGACACCUCCAGAAUCCCUUAUCUACAUUAGUUCCGCCUCCAUUCCUUCUUACUCCGCUCCUGAAAGAGAUUCAGAUUUCCCCCACCCCUCGGACAAAUCCAAGCCACUGGCUCAACGUGAUCCUGUCUCAGAGCGUUGUCCUACUCCUGGAGCAGCUCAACCACCAAUGAGCGGAUUUACCAGUCCCCCAGGUGCAGCUGCACCUGGUGAAGAUUGGGAUCCCGACCAUGGUCUCAUCUUCAACCCAGAUAUCCUCAAUAAGAGCUCAGCCGAGAUUUUUCCUGUUCGAGCUGCCACCAGAGGUGGAGGAAAAAGCCUCCCUGCCUAUGACCCUAGCUACGACCAUCGUCUCCGUCAACCUUCUCGAACUCCUACGAAUCCAUCGCCUAGCGGUCUUCAGCACGACCCAGCCACCUUCUACUCGCACCCUCAGAUCAGCCAGGAUCUUGGCAAUCAGCUAUUCGCGAACCCCAGCUUGUUUGCCGCCUUCCUCCAGUUCCAAUCCAGCAUGAAUAACCCGGAGCAACUCCCACCUCCACCCCCUAAGGUCCAACCUGAAUCACUACGAGAGAUCCCGGCCCGAGAGGAUGACAAUGUCAAUUGGACGGAGGUGGUGAAGCAGUUGACUACCAGGAUCGGGGAGCUAGAGCAGAAGAACCAAGCUGGACCCUCUAACAAGGACUCGACCUCUACGGCGUCGAAGCAACCUCCUCCGAAAGAAGUCCAAACUACUCCUCGUCGACCUACCCCAGCAGUUUCCGAAAGGUCUCGACUCAGCGACACAAGAUCGGUUCCGAGGACCUUAAUACCCCGUGACCAAUCUUCAGCAGAAGAGGAGCGAGGGUCUGCUUCGUCUCCAGCUUCCCCCCUUCUUGUGACCCCGAAGUCAUCUACCCAACCAAAGAAGCCACCCAAGUCACAGGGAAAGCACAAGUCACGCCAGUCCAGCUCCACGAAGCUAGUCAAACGAUCCGUCAGUCCUUUUGACCCGAACCUGAUGCCCAAACUGAAGAAGAUGAUGUUCAAGCCCAGAGAGAUCGUCCAGAAUCAGGAAGUGAUGAGCAUCUUGGACAAGAAGGAGAUCGGGAAACCUCUAGCUGCCUACAUCCGUGACAUGGCGGCUCCUAAUCGACCCACCCGAUUCAAAGGCUGGAAGGGUAGUGACUCGUUACCGGUGUCCCUAGAAGGCAAGAAAGACAAAGAACUUAGCACUGGAGAACUACAGACUCUGAUGGAUUACGGUCCAAGUGUCCGGAAAGACUGGAUUUAA